CCGUGCAUUGAGUAAAUCCUGAAGCCCACAUCGCCGACUCUUGAGCAUUACACAUUGCAACACGAUAGAAACCACACAACUAGUUUAAUUAGUUGUACGUAGACUAAAAGCAUUGGGUGGGGGGACUAGGAUCCUGUUGCUCACUCAGUCUUCCUUAGUAUAGUGCAGAACAUUUCCCUCACAAGGCGGUGGCAUAUUUCCCCCGCCACAUACUGGCGUCACGAACAGGAUAAACUAGCGAGUAUUCUAAUUGUGCAAGUUCGUGGUCUUUGAGUCAACACAAUGGCUGAACUGGGAGAAUUAAAACGACAGUUUGAAGAGAUGGAAAAGAGGUUCGGUGAACAGUCAGAUAUGCUGGUACAGGCCAGAGCCGAACAGAGAGAAACACUUUCGCUUGCUAAAGCUGUUAUCGAUCAACAGGCAGUUGCUCAGAGAGUGCCAUCUACUGUCUACAUUCCAAGAGAUCGUAAACUUCCAGACUUCAGCGGAUGCCGUUCCAAACCUGGUGAACCGAGUAUAGAGGAUUGGAUAAACUCAAUGAAGUCCGCUUUUAAAGUAAUGAGAAUUCCUGAAGAAGACAAAAUUGAGUUUGUUAAGCAGUAUCUCAAAGACGAAGCUAAAAUGACAGUUAAGUUUAUGCUUAAUGGAAAAGAGAAAGCAGUUGAUGAGAUUUUUGAUGCUUUGGAUCAGACUUAUGGAGACAAACUUCCCAUUGGUAGCAGAUUGAAAGAGUUUUAUGACCGCAAACAAAUGCCUGGAGAAACCAUCCGCUCUUACGCUUAUGACUUGCAGGAGAAGCUGAGCAUCAUCCAGAACCGGGAUCCGUCUAGAGUUCCUGAUGCUGACAGUGUACUGAAAGAACAGCUGGUGUUGGGUCUCAAGGAUGACUCCCUACGACGUGAGAUGAAGAGGAGAGUCAAAGCUGAGAGGGACCUGACAUUUAUUCAGCUUAUGCAGGAAGCGAUUACCUGGUCAGAAGAAGAAGAAGUGCAAAUCCCAUGCAAUUUGAGAAGCAGUACUCGUUCACGGGGUGUCGUCCAGGCUACUGCUGCGACAGAUAACUCUUCAGUCCCUCUCACUUUGGAGAAGCUUCAUGAAGCUAUUCAACAGAUAGCUGCCAGACAAGAACAACUCUUUCAGAUGGUGAAUAACAAAGAGAAAGUAAAACCUGUAGAAAAGGAGAGCAAAACUAAAAGUGAACCUCUAAAAGACAGCGAAGGAAGAUACAUAUGCUAUACUUGUGGUAAACCAGGGCAUACUAGCCGACGCUGUACUCAGAACAGAGAGAACUCAAGUGGAGUGCAACCUCAGAAACACAGAGGGGAGAUGGUAAAUGCAGCUGAUCAAGUUACCUCAGUGCUAGAGAGUCCAGGUCCAUCCGUUAUCAGAAGUCACACAGCAGACUGUGAUGCAGAGAAUGUUUCUAAGGCCCUCUGUGAAAGUGCUUUUGGUGACUGUCUUACCAUCGACCUGAUAAUUGCAGGUAUUAGAACUGCUUGCCUCUUGGAUACAGGAUCCGAGGUGACUACGAUUACUGAGUCUCAUUUUAAAGCUCACUUCGGAGAAGUUGUGCUGUCAUCUGCCAAUUGGGUCCAACUCACAGCGGCAAAUGGACUAGACAUUCCCAUUAUAGGAUGUCUGGAAGCAGACAUUGAGUGCAUGGGAAAGACAUUGCCUGGAAAGUGUGUGUUUGUGAUCAAAGAGAACAACUCCAAUGGAACAGAGUUGAAAGGACUACCUGGAAUUGUUGGGAUGAAUGUGUUGAGUGACCUCAAAGAUCUGUUCAUAACCACUGGAGAUAUGAGGAAGAUGGACCGACACAGCCAUGGUGCUGGGGAGGCAAAAGUACAGCGAGUGUUAGCUAAUCUUCAAAUGCAGACUGAGGCUUUGAACUGUGGAGACCAGAUUGGUUUCGUGAAAGUUGCAGGAAAGCAAGCAAUCACUAUCCCUCCUUUCAGUGAGCGUGUUCUGGAAGGUCGUUGUAGAAUACCACCAAAAGUAAGCUGUCAAGUGCUGGUUGAAGCCUCAUCAGAAGUUAGCUUACCCAAGAGUGUUUUGAUCGCUAAUGUGCUCGCCAAGGCAGCAGAUGGUAAAGUCCCAGUAAGAGUGUUGAAUUCUAGCGAGAGAGCUGUAACACUCAUGCCACGCUGUAGGAUAGCAGUACUGUGUAAGCCACAGGAGGUUGUACCAAAAGUGGUUGUCGAGUUUGAGGAGGAAGAGGGUGCUUUGCAUGUCAAGGCUGUGAAGCAAAGUGAGGUAAGAGCAGAGAAAAGCACCACAGAGCCGUUACCUGUUGCAGUUCAAACAAAUCUUGAAGACCUCACAGAAACUCAGCGUGAAAAACUCAGAGACCUCCUGGUGAAGCACAGUGACGUGUUUUCUAAGAACGAAUGUGACUUUGGGUAUACGACAGCUGUCACACACAACAUCCCUACAGGAGAUGCUCCUCCCCUUAAGCAAAGACAUCGUAGAAUUCCUCCCCAAGUAUUUCAAGAAGUGAAAAAGCAUGUUCGAGAUUUAGUAUCUCAAGGUGUACUCCGAGAAAGCUGCAGUCCAUGGGCGUCUCCAGCUGUAAUAGUGAUCAAAAAGGAUGGAAGCGUGAGGUUUUGCUGUGAUUACAGAAGGCUGAAUAAAGUGACCUGCAAGGACGCUUAUCCCCUUCCACGUGUUGAGGAGUCACUUGAUGCCUUAGGAAAUGCGCAGCUGUUCUCAACACUUGAUUUAACUUCAGGCUAUUUCCAGGUAGCAAUGAGUGAGGAAGACAGAGCAAAGACUGCUGUAACCACUCCUUUUGGUCUGUUUGAAUGGUCCAGGAUGCCGUUCGGACUUUGCAACGCUCCUGCGACUUUUCAACGGCUGAUGGGAGUGGUGCUCGGUGAUCUGACGUUCGACACAUUACUUAUCUACCUUGAUGACAUUAUUGUCUUUUCGAAGGACUUUGAUAGUCACUGUGAAAGACUGGAAAUCGUGUUCAAUCGCUUGAGACAGCAUGGAUUGAAGUUAAAACCCAGCAAGUGCUUCCUGUUGAAACCCGAAGUGAAAUUCCUAGGUCACUUAAUUUCCUCCGAGGGAAUACAGGUUGAUGGAGAGAAAACUUGUGCAUUGCAAACAUGGCCUGUACCUAAGAGUGUCAGAGAGUUGAGACAAGUCCUAGGAUUCAUGAGUUACUACAGGAGAUUUGUUCCUGGCUUUGCUCAGCUGGCCCGACCACUUCAUGUUCUGGUUGGUAAAGGAGUAAAAGGGAAAAUGAUGGAAUCUUUUAACUGGACAACUGAGUGUCAGACUGCCCUUGACCAACUCAAACAGUGCUUAAUGUGUCCACCAGUCCUUGCAUAUCCAGAUUUCAGCCAGCCUUUCAUACUCACAACUGACGGGAGUUUGCAUGGUCUUGGGGCUGUAUUGAGUCAACGACAAGGAGAGGUGGAGCGUGUGAUCGCAUAUGCGAGUCGAGGCCUUCGUGGAUCAGAAAAGAACGAUAAAAAUUACAGUGCUUUCAAGCUCGAGAUGCUUGCCCUGAAAUGGGCAGUGACCGAAAAGUUUAAAGAAUAUUUGAUCUACUCAAAAUUCUCUGUGGUCACCGAUCAUAACCCUUUGCGCUACCUUGAGACAGCAAAUCUAGGUGCUGUAGAACAAAGGUGGAGUGCUCAGUUAGCAGAGUUUGAUUUUGAAGUCUUCUACAAGCCAGGACGACAAAACGCAAACGCGGAUGCAUUGUCAAGGAUCCCAUCAGUUGAAGAGCCAGAGCAGGAGGACUCUGCUAAAGACUUCAUCAAGAUGAACUCAGAGGAAGUACGCACAUGCUUGUGGCCAAUCUCUAAAAAUCGGCAGAAAGUACAAGCAUCGGUACAGGUGUCAGGGACGAGGAAAGUUCCUGGACAUAGUUGGAGUGAGAUAGAAGAGGAACAAAAGGCUGACUCUAGUAUAGCACCCAUCUACCACGCUGUACUGACCAAAAAGAAUCUGAGUCCGGUUGAACAGCGAAACAUGAACGUAGAAUCAAAAAGACUUGCUAGACAGUUCAUACGACUCAAGCUUAAGAAAGGAUUGCUGUUCCGAACCAUCCUUGACCCUCGAGACGGAGAAGAGAUUUGUCAAUUAGUGGUUCCGGAAUCCCUGCGUUUCAAAGUGUAUGAGAGUCAGCAUGAUCAUUGUGGCCAUUUUGGAGAGAGAAGCACGCUGGAACGUACGAGGAGAAGCUAUUACUGGCCAUCAAUGGCUAAGGAUGUUCAAAGCUGGAUUAAUGAGUGCAAGAGAUGUAAUCUCGCAAAAGAUGUCUUCCCUAAAAUUCGAGCCCCAAUGACAUGUACUAAUGUUUCAGCCCCACUGGAAGUUCUCGCUAUGGAUUAUACUCUCUUGGAGGAAUCUGUAGGAGGAUAUGAGAAUGUUCUUGUCUUAACUGACAUGUUCACUCGUUUCACGGUGGCAGUGCCAACCAAAAAUCAGACUGCUCGCACCACAGCCAAAGCACUGGUGCAGCAUUGGUUUGUCCACUAUGGCUGCCCCGCACGACUGCAUUCCGACCAAGGUCGAUGUUUCGAAGCCAAUGUCAUCAAAGAGCUGUGUAAAGUCUAUGGAAUCGGAAAGAGUCGCACAACGCCGUAUCACCCUCAGGGUAAUUCCCAGUGCGAAAGAUUUAACAGAACUAUGCAUGACAUGCUUAGGACAUUACCCCCAGAAAAGAAAAGGAAUUGGAAGCAGUAUCUCCCUGAGUUAGUCAUGGCAUACAAUAGCCGGACUCACACCUCAACCGGCUAUUCGCCAUUCUACUUGAUGUUCGGCAGGGAUGCUCGAUUGCCGCUGGACAUUCUGGGCUGGAGAGACUUGGAGGACAGUGAAGUUGAUAAUCUUGAUGACUGGGUGAGAGACCAUCACCACAGAUUAAAGACUGCUGUUGAAGUAGCCAAUCAUGCAGCACAAGAGACUUCGAGAAAAAGGAAAAGAGCCUAUGAUCGCAGAUCACAUGGAGCACUCAUGAGACCUGGUGACCGUGUUCUGUUACGUAACCAUUCACAUAAGGGAAGGAAGAAAAUACAAGAUCACUGGGAAUCCCUACCUUACAUUGUGGUGAAACAGAAUCACGCAGAUACCCCAGUCUAUACAAUCCGUCCAGAGAGAGGGGGCCCAUGUAAAGUUGUACAUAGGGAUCAACUUAAGCAUUGCACUUUUCAGUCAUCACCACAACCCUGUACAUCUAGACGCAAAUCUAGAGAAUAUACAGAACAGGAACACACUGACUCAGAAGAUCCUUAUGUUCUUGCAGUCCCUGUUACAUUUGCACCCGACAUCCACACAGACACGGGGUGUCGAGGGGAAGAUGGGGAUGGGUUAGACAAUGGUGUUAGAGAACAUGACAAUGAGGUGUCAGCUGAGGGUACUGUAGGUCAGUCAGUACUUGGGUCAGUAAAUUCAGGUGAAUCUGAUGCUGAAAGUGAGAAUGAAUGUAUUUCUGAACCUAGACGUUCUCAACGUAGUAACAGAGGUACAUUACCUGUUAGAUUUAAGACUGACUAUGUCUUAAAAUAAUUCAAAACCUGAAGGUUUGGGAAGUUUCUUUUAAUGUGAAUGUUUAUCAAACUUCCUAGUUGAGUAACUUUGAACCUUUUCAUUGUUAUACUGAGAUUUUGCACUGUGAAGAAUUUUAACCUGCUAUCCUCUGUUGUAUAUUUUUCAGGGACUGAGUUGCUGAAUGGAAGUCCGAUGGUAUGGCAGGGUUUAGCAGGGGGGAAUGUAGGGGAUCUACAAAUUUGUGAAUGAUUAUGAAGACUUUUAUUUUGACAAAUUGUGAAGACUUCUAUUUUGACGCUUGACGGGCGCCGCCAAUUUUGGUUUUGACGUAUUGAGCGAGGAGAGAUGGAGAGUUAGCACGUGGAGUGAGUGAAGCAGCUGUGAGCUGAGAGCGGAUUGUUGAGUUCGUGAAAAGUUAUUUUUAGACCCGUGACAUCAACCAGAGAUGUAUAACGUUGCCGCGGAGUCUUUGUUUAUGUGAAGAAGUUUGUUGAAGGCCGUGCGGGCGUGUGUUGUUAGUCUUCUCAUUUGAGACUCCAUCAGCUGGGAUUGCAGCCUCGUUGAAUCAAGCUGCUGACGUCAGUAUCGCGAGCACAAUCGCUGAGAGUUAAGUGAGUGAAGAGACAACCUGCCAUCCAUUGGACAUCAUUCAGCUCCUCAUCCACAAACCAAGAGUGGUGAUGUACAUUGUUUUUCCUGUUUUCCUACUGAAUACUGCUAAGCAGAAUAACAUUGCCAUUUUCUGUCAGUGAGUCAUCUAAACUAAACAGUUCAAUCGUACAGUCAUUUUGAUGGAGCCGUUAUAAGUGAAUUUUUCCUGAAAAGUGGAUUCAUAAACUUUCUUUUUUGUGCUCGUGAACUCAAACGGACAGAGUAUAACUUUUUCAUUCCUUUUUCCUGGAGUUUUGAAUCGAAUUUGAAUCUUUGAGUUAAAUUGGAGUGAACUGUUGAACUUUCAAGUGAACUGUUUCAAUCUAUUUACAAUUGUGAAUCUUUCAAAAGUGAUCCUGAUUCUGAAUGUGUUCAAAUUGAAUUGAAACUGAAACAAAUCAGUUUUCUUCUCCUUUUAUUAUUUUCCACAUUUUUAUUUAAUUUUGAUUCAUCUGCAUUUAAAAUUGUUUCAUACUUCCUGUGAAGACAAAGAAAAGAGAAGCAUUUUAUUUAAUGCAGUAAAAAAUAAAUGUAAUUUUUUUUGUUAGUUAAGCUAAAACUGUUUGUUUAUUUGUGAGUCACUUAUACUAAGGAGUGGGGGCGUCUUACCUAUCCUGUUAGAUCCGGGGAGGGUGGGUUUUGUAGUACGCUAGGUUUAACCCCUGAGUUUUCUACACACACACUUCAGGUGGCCUCCGUGCAUUGAGUAAAUCCUGAAGCCCACAUCGCCGACUCUUGAGCAUUACACAUUGCAACACGAUAGAAACCACACAACUAGUUUAAUUAGUUGUACGUAGACUAAAAGCAUUGGGUGGGGGGACUAGGAUCCUGUUGCUCACUCAGUCUUCCUUAGUAUAGUGCAGAACAUUUCCCUCACAAGGCGGUGGCAUAUUUCCCCCGCCACAUCUGUUUCCUGUCGAUCUGUGUAAUCCCUUUAAACCACAUGGUAAAAUGUUGUUAAGAG